CUGUCGGGAUGUAAGGAGGAAUGGCGACGGUCGAGGCGGUUUUGGAGGCCAGAGCUGAGCUAAGUUUGACCAAACAGAAGCGGAACGCAGGUUUCCCAACUUUUAAUAUUUCCCAACAUGGAAACUGAAGUGACAGUGUCCUCCUCGCCCUCCACCCUCAGACCACCCUCGUCGUCCGCCCCUCAGACUUCCACCGCCCCCGCUAACCUGGCGGCUAAACAGAAAGACAGCAGCAGAAAGACACCGUCCAACACUCCCGCCUUCCUCUCUAACCUGGGCAGGGCGACCUUGCGGGGCAUCCGCAAGUGCCCCCAGUGUGGCGUCUACAACGGCACCCGUGGGCUCAGCUGCAAGAAUAAGGCCUGCGGGAUAUCUCUCAGGAAUGCCUCCGCCACGGGCAGGAGCAGCAAGAAGUGUGCGGUGGAGGUGGUGAAGGUGAUAAUAGACAGUGAGGAGAGAGGGGGUAAGGAGCGUGCGGGGGCGGGAGGCCUUGCGGGCGCCUCAGGUGGAGGUGUGCAGGUGUUUUCAGUGUGUCACAGAGGAAGAGGAGCCACAGCGACACAGCUGGGCUUUGUGGAACUCGUCCCCACUGAUACCGCAAUAGCUACAGGCGACGGCGCGACCCUGCUGACCCGCAUCAAUCUAGGUCGCUGUUUUCUGCCUUCUUGCAGGCAGGGUCAACGGUCAAAUCAUGGCGAUACAGAGUCGGCGGCUGCGGGUGCAAAACAGUCCUCGGACAGCCUCUGCGUUCACAUAAAGCAAGCGAUAGAGUGUCAGAGCCGCGCCGCGCCGCUCACCUUGAAGAGCUCCGUCCUGGAGGGGCUGCAGGCCUCAAUCCAGGAACGGGAGGAGCUUUGGAGGCUGGCCACGGAGUCUCCGGGACCCCUGGUGCAGCGCGUCGCAAAGGACACCCUGGUGGUGAAGUGCCACACGGACUCCCAGCAUCCUUUGGGGCUGCUGCAUCUCACCGUGUGUGCGGGAGGGCUGUCGGAGGUUUCAAAGAGCGAGAGGCGGAGCAGAGAUAAGCAGCAGCAGCAGCAUGGACUCUUUCACUGCGCCUGUCAGGUGAGCGGCGGCGGCGGCAGCAGCAGAAGAAGUAAACCCGGUGCGGACGGCGCCAACUCUCAUCCGCCUCUCGGCUCUGUGACAUCACAGCCCUGCCUUCACUUCCACGCCUGUGUGUGCGCCUUUGCAAGCGACGAGACACUGGCGUCAGAGUUUGCUGCGUUCAUCAACUACACCCCGAAUGGCGUUCAGCAGAGCGCUCCGAGCAGAGUGAUCAGUCCCAGUGAGAAGCCUCUGCUGCAGGCUGAGACCGUCAACCCUCAUCAUAAAACAAAGAAACUGCGGGUGGAUGAAUCCCUCUCAGGGAGUACACAGGUUGUGGAUGAACGUACAGUGGCGAUGGGUUUCCACCAGUGGCUGGCCAGUGUCACAGAGAGGAUCCACCAGACUAUGCACUACCAGUUUGAUGGGAAACCAGAACCUCUGGUGUUCCACGUCCCUCAGGAGUUCUUCAACGCUCUGCAGCAUCGUCUGUCCACGGGCUCCAAGAAGAAGAGACUGCCCAACUUCACAACAGCUUUUGUGAGAAACGAUGGACUCCCGUUCGGCUCCUUCUCCAAGUACACCUGGCACAUCACCAAUCUGAUGCAGGUCAAAAGAAUCUUUGACACCCCAGAGUUGCCUCUGGAGCUCUCUCAGAGUUUUGUAAAAAACGCAGACGGCUCUUAUUCUCGUUUCCACUGCCCCGACCCGCUGCCUGAACCUGAGCUACCCGACGGCUACAGGACGGAUCGACCGCAGGCCAUACGGCCGAUGGAGCUCCGCACCUUCCUCAAAGUCGGACCGGGCUCGCCGGAUCAGAAGGAGGCGGCUCCGUUUGUCGUCGAGUGGAUUCCAGACGUCCUCCCUCGCUGUCAGAUGGGAGAGCUCAGGAUCGGCUUCGAGUUUGGACACCAGCAGAGCGGUCAGGCGGAUCACUGCGAGAAAAUGAGCACCACGGAGAAAGGGGGGCGGAACAAGCCGGACUCGAGCCAAACCAAACACACGAAGGCUGUGGAAGUCCUUCAAGUGGUCGUCUAACAGCUCGACUUGAACGGCCUCUGUCGGUCAUGGAUCGUUUAUGUAUGCAGUAUUUGACUCCCCCCGUAAUCCCACAUUAUAAUAUGCAAGCUACUGAUAAUCAAUAACCUCCUGAGUGACGCUGUGUUUUAUUGACUCUCGACCAUAGAGAAGACGUAUUAUACCUUUUCUUUAAAUGCGGAAUAUUCCCGACAGCUAACAACAAUAAAGAAGAAAUUAUAUUUUCUGAAAGAUA